AUGCGACCAAUUGCUUGCGAGACAGCAACAAAAACUGGGCUUGUUUUUGUAUUUGGCGAAAUUAGUACUUCUGCCUCUCUUGACUAUCAACGAAUAAUACGUGAUACUAUUAAACGUAUAGGUUAUGAUGAUUCUUCAAAAGGCUUCGAUUAUAAAACUUGUAAUAUUUUGGUGGCAAUUGAACAACAAUCACCUGAUAUUGCUCAAGGCCUU